AUGACACCCUUUGCACAAUUAACCUUCGCCCUAGCCCCAUUGCUGUACAUACUGCUUUGCUUGGAUUUGCGCAUCACAUGUGUGGAGGGGCCAUGCUGCCUUUUCAGCUAUCCCAUUUGUCUCUGCAGCUACUUGCCACUGACCGUGGAGCCUGGCCGGGUUGAUGAAUGCAACCAAAGUAGGCUAGUUCCUGAUGAUAAUCUGCACAAGGCCCUACUUUCUGUCGAAGAUUCCACGGUCGGCAAUGAGACAAUGUACGGUGUUUUUGUGCUCGACCUGGAUCAGCUUCCGCCUCCAACGCGAUACCGGUACACUUACUUGCGCUACUUCGGCAUGACUCCGGGCAUAGGUCGCAUACGAAAAAUUCUAGCUAAGCCUGUCUCGUGCAAAGCGAACGCAUUGGAAGACCAGUUCCACUUACAUGUCGCCCUGCUGUUUCAUUUGAACUGCACAGUGUGCUCAGAAUUGGUUGAAAAGGUCCGCAGUUCCUUCGAGCUGUUUCCCAUUGCAGACUUUUAUAACGAACAAUUCUUCCAAAGUAGAGCCCUCCUUCGUAGUGAAUAUCGGGUCAAAGUUAGGUCUUUCACUCUGAAAAUUCCCAAAUGGUCCACCUCUGAGACAGAUAUGAACAAACCUGUGGCAUUCGCGCCUCCUGUUUUAGUCGACAACCCGAUUCGAAUAGGCGUGCUGCGCUACAACCUGACAGAAGCUCAAGUCACACUGGAGAGCAUAAAGAACUCCAGUACUACGUGUGAAUUAUUCGAAGAAUGGAACCUCAAGCCUUCCAAUGUGGCCAGGGUCAAAGAGGUUGUAAGUUUGCUGCGAGUAGCCUGUGAGGAGCGUAAAAUGAGCAUACAAAUUUUUGCUUCAAAUUUUUCCGAUCAACUGACCGAACUGGCAGACUACUGCAGAGCUGAGUGGUCGCCAUCUCUUGUACAAGAGCUGAGGUCCAAAGCUUUGUUAAGUUACUUCAUGGAAUUUGUGCAAGAAGCCUUUCGAUCUUCUUUGAUGCUGAAUUAUGCCACAAAGGCCGUCCUUAAGGGUAAAUUGUAUUGGAUGUCUGAGAUGCUAAGACGUGAUGUGAAAAUUGAGACGAAGGAAUCUGAGCAAAUUAAGUUAUCUGACAUGGAGAUGUUCGUCGAAGGUUAUGCUACUCAAUAU